CUCCUAUUCGGAAUAAUAUUAUUCUCAUAAGGUUUUAUUGUAUACUAUACUGCAGUAUAAACCUAUACUAAAAUUAUAUAUAUAUAUAUAUAUAUAUAGUUAGAAAACCUCAAUACCUACUUGAAGUUGACACAUCUAUCAUCAUUCGUAACUGUCUUAAUUUAUUAUAAGUGUCGAUGAUGGCUAAUGAAAAUUCAAAAACGGACGAAAAAUAUUUGUUGGAAAAUGGCCGUGUUUUACUAAAAGAAAUGUUUGACGGGUUGGCUUAUACUUAUCCAUUAUUUGAUGUAUAUCCAGAGAAUAGAAUAGUUGGAUUAAAAUUGAAAUCGGAAAAACGGGUUUGUUUACUUGGUGGCGGUGGAUCUGGACAUGAACCAUAUCCAUUUGGAUAUAUUGGUGAUGGGAUGUUAUCCGCGUCCGUAAGUGGUUACGUGUUUACUUGUUGUUCAUCUCUAAAUAUUUACCAGGCAAUCAAAUAUUUAAAUAAUUACAAUUGCAAUGGAGGCGUUUUACUAAUUGUGGCGAAUUAUACUGGUGACGUAUUUAAUUUUGGAUUAGCCUGUGAAAAAGCGAAAAAAAUUGACAAUAUUAAUGUAGCCGAGUUAAUAGUCAGUGAUGAUUGUUCAAGACCCGGUGGAAAAGUAGGAAAAAGAGGCAUGUGUGGUUUAUUGUAUGUUAUAAAGAUAUUGGGUGCACUGGCUAAACGAGGUAGUAGUAUUGAAGAUUUAUUGUGUCUGGGUAGAAACAUCAACGAAAAGCUAGCAUCAAUUGGAAUAAGUGCAACUUCAUGUAAUGUACCAGGUGAAGAUCCAUCAUUUUUACUUCAACAAGGAGAAUUUGAAUUUGGAGUCGGAUUGCACGGGGAAGCAGGGACUUCAAGAAUUAAAGCAUAUGAUGUGAAAGAGUUGAUCCGUUUAGCAGUAGAUAAAAUUUGUAGCACCCUAUGUUUGAAAGAAUUCAGCAUAAUUUGUUUGAUUGUGAAUAAUCUUGGAUUAGUAUCACACAUAGAGUUAGGUGCAUUGGCUAAAUACACUAAAGAAUAUUUUGAUGAACUUAAAAUAGAAGUAAGCCGUAUGUUUGUGGGAACAUUUAUUGUAUCUCUCAAUAUGUAUGGAUUUCAAUUAAGCGUUAUUGAUGUGAGUGCCAAUCAAGAAUGGAUUAAUUAUAUAGAUGAAGAAACAUCAGCUUUUGCUUGGCCGGGUAAUCAUAUGAGCAUCAAAACAAUCGAAAAACAGAAAUCAGAAAAUAUAAAAAUUCCAAAUAUUGAUGAUAUUAAUCCUAAAUUAGGUGUAUAUAUAUCAGAAAAAGCAAGUUUAAUAUUAAAAAGUAUAUUGAAACAAAUUGGGGAAGAUCUAUUGAAAAAUGUUGAUGUCUUAAACAAACUAGAUCAGGAAAUUGGAGAUGGUGACAAUGGUUCAACUAUGUCACGGUUUGCAUCAGAAUUACUUACCGUUCUAAACAAACUUCCAUUAAACUAUCCGGCUAGUGUUUUGUAUUCUUUGGCAUUCAUUUGUGAAGACAAAAUGGGUGGUGCCUCUGGAGCUCUUUAUAGUUUGUUGUUGACUGGAGCUGCUGGGCAUUUAUCUUCAAUUAACUACUUAGACUGGACUGGAGCUUUGAAGAAUGCACUAGAUACAGCUAUGAAAUAUUCAAGUGCAAGAAAAGGAGAUAAAACCAUGUUUGAUCCAAUAAUUGCAAUAUAUCAAGUGUUCCAAGAAUAUGAAGACUUAAGUUCUAAACAAUAUACAACGGUUUUAGAAAAAGCAUUACAGCAUGUACAUGAUGUUUGCAAUGAUGUAAAACAAAUGAAAGCAGAAUUUGGGAAAGCUUCGUAUGUAGAAAGUGUUACUUCUGUUGGUAAAAUGGAUGCUGGAGCUCAUGGUGUAGCUUUAUGGUUUAACGCCAUAUGUACUGCUUACAUGAAUACAUCUGAAUAAAUUUUAUUUCAUAAUAAUCAUCAGUUUGAGUAGUUUUUGUUGUAUAUGGUGUUUCUAAAAUGAAUGAGAUUUUUUUUUCAAAUUACUUUUAGAAUAUUAUUUUAAAUGAUAACAUAAACACUAAUUGUAUUUUUUGCAAAAUGCUCAUAUGAAUCAAGAUAUUAUAUAAUUUUUGCUCUUGUCACACGUUUUGUAUGUAUGUUAAAUGACUACAAAUAACCACCCCCAUUGUUAAUGUUGCAGUGUUCUUAUACAAAUCAAUGUGUCACGCCACUUUUUUUUUGUUUAGUCGGUGAUUUGAGUGUAAAAUCACACGACAAGUGAAAAACUAAUAACAUCUCAAAUAAUGGUUAGUUAAAAAAUAUAACCAGAGUGCUUAGUUUUUUAUUUAUGAUAAUAUUCUAAAAAUAAUUUUAAAAAUCCAGAUUUUUAAGGUAGAAAAUAAAUUUCAUUAAGUGAUCAUAGUAAGUACACGUGUACUAGUGACCUCGUCCAUUCCAGAAACGCCUCGAAUAUUAGAUUAUUUAAUAGUUUUUUACCAUUAUUAUAUUUAAAUGUAUACAAAAUUAUAUUUAAGUAAAGUGAAUAAAACAAUAUACAUACAUUUAA